AUUUGUUGUUAAUUGUGUGGGUACAUCUGACUAGAUUAAGGCUGCUGUGCUUUUGGUGACAGAUUUCACUGUGUUCAGGCUGCUCAGCUAUCUGGUCAGGUGUGUCUAUUGACAAUGCUGACUUCUUUUGACCAGUGUGGAGAUGAUAGAGGGUGGUCUGGAAGCAAUGCAGUGGAUCAAAGUGGUUCCUAAAUUGUUAGCAGUCUCCCAUUUUUUCCUCUUCCUGUCCCUAAUCCCAAGAAACACUAGAUGGGGACAACUCGAUUUACUAGCAAGGUGCUGCUGAAAUUGCAGUGUGAAGAUAAGGACUGUAGGUGGGUGUGCAGAUGCUGAUUGUUUACGUGAGUCAGAGAAAAUCCACGUAGAGAGGGCGUUGAGGAGUCCGCUGCUGCUCCUGCGAUAUAUUCACAGCAAGAAUAUGAUUAAUAUUGGCAUCCAAGUUGCAGAUCAUAAAGUAACUGGAAUUGCUAUUGAAACGGAUAACAAAAACGUAAAAGCAGAGGAGUUUAAAGAGACUAUUCUUAGCUGCAAGCACAAAUUUUCAAAAGAGAUGAGUCUAAGAAUAGAAUGGAAGAAAAUCCAGUCGCGAGGAGUCUCAUUUGUAUAUUACAAUGGUCAAUUUACAGGUGAUCUUAAAGACCGAGCAGAGAUGCUGAAUACAGGAAUCCGUAUUAGAAAUGUGACCAGAAAGGAUUCUGGGACCUACCGCUGUGAAAUUACUGCGAAGAGUGAACAUGACCAACUCUUGGGAGAGGCUACUAUUACUCUCACAGUGUUGGUUGCUCCGACCACUCCGAUAUGCGAGGUACCCAGCUCUGCAAUGACUGGAACGGUAGUGGAACUGAGCUGUAAAGAAACUGAAGGAUCUCCUCCAUCUGAGUACCAGUGGUAUAAAAAUGGCGUCGCCUUGCUGGAAAAGGCAGGAACAGGCGGUGCUAGAGCAGCAAACAUAACUUACACCAUGAAUAAAAAAUCGGGCACGCUGCUAUUUAACACAGUUACAAAGAACGACACUGGAGAGUAUUUCUGUGAAGCCUCUAACGGGAUUGGAUUAUCUCAGAAAUGCUCAGUGAAGAGAAUGCAAGUUGAUGACCUUAAUGUAAGCGGUAUAAUUGUUGCCGUAGUAUUUGUGGCUCUGGUAAUGGCACUUUGUGGCCUUGGAGUAUUUUAUGCCCAAAAAAAGGGUUACUUUACAAAGGAAAGCUCUUCCCAAAAGAAGUCCAACUGUCAAUCUACAAGUGAAAAGGAUUUCAAGCACACCAAAUCCUUUGUUAUUUAGAAGAUUUCGGCCUCUGUGAGGGACAGCAACUGACUACUUGUUAUACAAAAAAUCAAAGGGAUCUUUUGACCUCCAUUCUGUAAAUAGUUUCCAUGUACUACAUGCUGAAAACAGAAACUGCUCAUGUUUAGAGUCAACCUCAUUGUGUAUUAGUUGCAUUUCUUUUUUAAUUUAAGAUAGAAAUAAACAGACUAUAAAAGUCAA